AUGGAAGAGGAAUGGGGCGUGGCCAACGGGGAGUCCCUACGAGCGAACGUGAUCCUGCACAACGCGGCGCUGAACUCCGUGCCGCGCGGCUCCUGGGCACUUCCCAUGGCGCUGGUGCAGCGUAUGGAGAACGCCGAUUUGCCGCCCGACCUUAUCACGUGGAACACGCUCGGCUCGAAGAGCAUUUGGGCGCAUGCGCUGAUGGCUUUGGCAGCUGCGAGGCGGGGCGGCUUGCAGCCCAGCCUCGUCAGCUUCGCAGCGAAAGGGCCUUGGCGAGCCGCUGCGGCUUUGUGCCAGGCCAUGCGCCAGAGCGGUUUGCAGGGCAACCGCAUUAGCAGCAAUGGGCUGCUGGGCAUUUGCGCUAGCGAGGGGCAGUGGAGAUUCUGCCUGGAGAUUCUCAGUGGCCUGGAGCCGGACACCUUGAGCUUCAGCUCCUGCGCCAGCGCCUCCGAGAAGGGUCAUCAAUGGAUGCCUGCCCUUCGACUGGUGCAAAGUUCUGUGCAGCAGGGCUGUGCGGCGGACAUGGUUCUUCACAGCGCUGCACUCAGUUCCUGCGAGAAGUGCCACAGGUGGCGGCUUGCUAUGUCUCUGCUGGAUCGGAACUGCCUGGAGUUGCCCCAGGACGUCGACCUUAUUGCAUUCAAUGCUGUGAUCAGCGCUUGUGCAAAGGAUGGCCAGUGGCAGUGGGCUUUGCACGUACUGCGUCGGAUCCGUGGGCGACUGCGCGCAAACGUAGUGUCCAUGAACGCUGCCAUCAGUGCCUGUGAGAAGGGAGGCGUGUGGGAGGUUGCCUUGGAGCUACUGCGCGGCAUGCCGCGGCAGGCCCUGGAGCCGGAGCUUCAGAGCUUCAACAGCGCCAUGAGCGCGGCUGCCCGCGGCCGCAGAUGGGAGGUGGCACUGGCUCUCCUCCAGUCCCUCCCAGGAAACUCCCAGCCGGAUGUGGUGACCUUGGGUGCUGCAGUCACCGCCUGCGAGGCAGCUUCGCGCUGGGACUGGGCCUUGGGCUUCUUGAGUGAGGCCAAGGCAAGUGCGUGUGCAAGCGACAUCGUGUUCAAUGCGGCGAUUAGCGCCUGCGCAAAAGGCGGACAGUGGCAGUGGGCCAUUGAGAUCCUGUUUGAGAUGUCCCAGUCGAUGCAGGCGACGCUGAUCAGCUUCAACUCGGCCAUGAGCGCUUGUGCCAACAGUGGCCGAUGGGAAGCAGCAUUGGCCUUGCUGGAGCAAGCAGAGAAGGCCUCGUCGAUUGACGCCUUCAGUCUCAGUGCUGCAGUACUCGCCUGCGCCAAAGGCCAGCGUUGGGCGGAGGCGCUUUGGCUCACCGGCUCCGAUCUCGUGGACAUGGCCAGCUUCGGUGCUGCGUGCAGCUGCCUCGAGCUCGCCGCCGCCUCGCCGCUGCCGCUGCUGGCGCGGGUGCAGCACGAAGCGCUGCGGAAGCUCCGCUGA